AUCAGUACCCGUGGCUCGCGGCAUGAACGACAUUUGGGAACAUAGUUAUUUGACAUUUUUACGUGAACGGGGCUCAAGACGAGAGUGUUAUUCCAGCGAUAUGAUUAUGAUACCAUUAUGUUGCAUCAGUCAGCGUGAUUUGCUAUGGUGAUACUACAAGCUAACCCCAAGCUAGCAGAGGGAUUGUUUUGGGAGAUACCCUUUUGAAAAAAUCAUACGCUGACACAUGAAUUAGAGACUUUUUGUGAAUUUUCAUCAAGCUGGAACACAAAGGGGAAUGUCUAAUCAAGGAGUUAGGAGAAAUGGCCCAGUAAAGCUGCGGUUGACAGUCCUUUGUGCAAAGAACCUGGCAAAGAAAGACUUCUUCCGGUUGCCAGAUCCCUUUGCCAAAGUGGUGGUGGACGGUUCAGGACAAUGCCACUCUACAGAUACUGUGAGAAAUACGCUGGACCCAAAGUGGAAUCAACAUUAUGAUCUAUAUAUUGGAAAGGCAGACUCCAUCACCAUCAGUGUAUGGAACCACAAGAAGAUCCACAAAAAGCAGGGCGCAGGUUUCCUGGGCUGUGUCCGCCUCUUGUCCAGUGCCAUCAACAGGCUGAAAGACACUGGCUAUCAGAGACUGGACCUGAAUAAACUGGGCCCCAAUGACAAUGACACUGUGAGAGGGCAGAUAGUAGUAAGUCUUCAGUCCAGGGAUCGCAUCGGGACAGGAGGGCCAGUGGUGGACUGCAGUCGUCUGUUCGACAAUGAUUUGCCUGAUGGCUGGGAAGAGAGGAGGACAGCUUCUGGAAGGAUACAGUACCUGAAUCACAUCACACGUACUACACAAUGGGAGAGACCUACCAGGCCAGCGUCAGAGUAUUCCAGCCCAUCAGGGCGUCCGCUGAGCUGCGUGGUGGACGAGAACACACCAGUGAUGACUCCCGUUAAUGGGGCAGUGGCCAGCGGCCCGCCAGGCGAACAGCGGAUCCAGGAGAGACGGGUUAGAUCACAGCGGCAUCGUAACUACAUGAGUCGGACACACCUGCAUACGCCACCUGACCUGCCUGAGGGUUAUGAGCAAAGAACAACUCAGCAGGGCCAGGUCUACUUCCUCCACACGCAGACUGGAGUCAGCACUUGGCAUGACCCCCGGGUACCCAGGGACUUAAGCAAUGUGAACUGUGAGGAGCUUGGCCCACUGCCACCAGGCUGGGAGAUCAGAAACACAGCCACUGGCCGUGUCUACUUUGUCGACCACAACAAUCGAACAACACAGUUCACAGACCCGCGACUGUCUGCUAACCUGCAUCUUGUACUCAACCCAAGUCCAAAUGGUUCCCGUGUGGCCAUGGACAGCCAAAACACUAACCUCAGUCAUCCGACGCAGUUGAAGGACCAGGGUGGUCCUGGGGGCCCCCAGCAAGCUCUGUCACCAGCCCAGUUACCUGAAGAAGCAGAGUGCCUGACGGUGCCAAAAUACAAGAGAGAUCUGGUGCAGAAGCUGAAGAUCCUGCGGCAGGAACUGUCUCAGCAACAACCCCAGGCUGGUCACUGCCGUAUCGAGGUCUGCCGUGAGGAGAUUUUCGAGGAGUCGUACCGACAGGUGAUGAAGAUGCGUCCAAAGGAUCUCUGGAAAAGACUGAUGAUCAAAUUCAGAGGAGAGGAGGGACUGGACUAUGGUGGGGUAGCAAGGGAAUGGUUGUACCUGCUGUCCCAUGAGAUGCUGAACCCGUACUACGGCCUGUUCCAGUACUCCAGAGAUGACAUCUACACUCUACAGAUUAAUCCCGACUCUGCUGUCAACCCGGAGCACCUGUCGUACUUCCACUUUGUGGGUCGUAUCAUGGGAAUGGCGGUGUUCCACGGCCACUACAUUGACGGGGGCUUCACUCUGCCCUUCUACAAACAGCUGCUGGGAAAACCGAUCACGCUGGACGAUAUGGAGUCUGUCGACCCUGACCUCCACAACAGCCUCGUCUGGAUUCUGGACAAUGACAUCACUGGUGUCCUGGACCACACUUUCUGUGUAGAGCACAACGCCUACGGAGAAAUCAUCCAACAUGAACUGAAACCCAACGGCAAGAGUAUUCCUGUCACAGAGGACACCAAGAAGGAGUAUGUUAGGUUGUAUGUGAACUGGCGUUUCCUGCAUGGCAUCGAGGCUCAGUUUCUGGCCUUGCAGAAAGGCUUCAAUGAGGUUAUUCCUGAACACCUUCUCAAAGCCUUUGACGAGAAGGAACUGGAGCUGAUAGUGUGUGGCCUGGGAAAGAUCGACAUCUCAGACUGGAAGUCCAACACCCGUCUGAAGCACUGCACCCCUGACAGCAACAUAGUCAAGUGGUUUUGGAAAGCGGUGGAGUCGUUUGACGAGGAGAGGAGGGCCCGACUACUGCAGUUUGUUACUGGCUCAUCCAGAGUCCCACUGCAAGGCUUCAAGGCUUUGCAGGGUGCUGCAGGGCCCAGACUCUUCACCAUUCAUCAGAUCGAUGCCAACACCAACAAUUUGCCCAAAGCCCAUACCUGCUUCAAUCGGAUUGACAUUCCGCCCUACGAGAGCUACGACAAGCUGUACGAUAAGCUGCUGACGGCGAUCGAGGAGACCUGUGGCUUCGCUGUGGAAUGAGAGACACAUUGUGUGCAGGACUCUGAUAGAUCAUUAUUGUAUGUGUGACAUGCCGAUGGGCGCACUCAGAGCCUGAUUUGUACGUCUUUGACCAGCCUGCAGUCUUCCUCUUCUCUCACCGCUCUCCAAAUUCUUCUCUUAUCGAUAUCUGUUUGAACAGCUGCUAGAGAGUCAGCCCAUCCUUUUUUUUUUUUCCUUUUUUGUUAUGUUGUAGUCAUGUGAAAUCAAAUUAGGAGCUGUUAUGAGCUGCAGCAUUUCUUUAAACAAUUUUGUUUUUUAUCAUUUUGAGUGGGCAGUUUUGUUAUUGUUUUGUCUUUUGUCGAUUUCCUUGGCAGUCAGAAAAAGAAAAGGUGAAAAGACCUGUAAUGCCUGGUCAUCUCACUUUGAAUCUAAUCGAAUCAGGAGGCGGUUUAUCAACACAGUUCAGUAUCUUGCAAAAGUGUUUCUUUUAAAAAAAAAAAUUAUCCAGAGGGAUUUGAGAACAGUGAGUC